AUCUACAUACAACAGAACUUAUGUGAUAAUUGGAUUUAAAGCCCAGAAUCUACACUCGUUGGUAUAUAUCAGGAACACUUUUGCAUGUAGACUGGUUUGAGGAGUAUUGUUUACGGGUUACUGGAAUAACUGGAAUGUUUACUACCCUGCGUGCAGAGUCUAGUUAAACUACUACAAAGCUCUCUUUUAAGAAGCAAAGUCAAACGAAUGCAAAGGCUAAUAAUAUGGAACAACUAACAGAACUACCAAUAAUUGACUGCACCAAGAUCAACAUAACACUGGAUGAUGCUGAAAUUGAUGACAAUGACUUGAGAGAUCUUGGUGAAGACAUCUUUGAUUCCUUCAAGCGAUAUGACGUCACAUCAGCCUUGUUGACAAACCAUGGAAUUCCAGAAGAAGUUGUAAAAGCUGCAGAAAGAGUGACAAGUGAACUAGAGAAACUUGACUUUGAGAAAAUAGCUCCAUAUUUUGCACCAAUGAAACUUGGCGAAGAAUUCCAAGGAAAAUGUGAUAUUCAUAUGGAUGGGGAAGAAGGGGGAAUAGUAAAACACUCAUUCGCAACAAAGCAUGGCAUUCAAACUGUUACCAAAAAAAUGGUGUUAUUGAAAAAAGACACAUCAGGAGACACAUUUGAUCCAGAAUAUGUGUGCUCCGUACGAUUUGUUCCGUCAUUAGCCCAGGUAUCUGUUCUUAACAUUGAUGACAUAAUACCCGGAUUCAACGAAGCAUACAAUGCCUUGUUUGGUGAAUCACUCAAACUGGCCAAACGUGUCCUCACUGCGCUAACUUUCCCUUUACAUACGGACCGGGACUACUUUAACAAAAUGAUUGAAGAUAUCCAUACACCUGGCAUGAAUGGGAGUGCUUUGCGAGGAAAUAUGCUUCCAAAAGUACCUCAAGAUUUUCCAAUUGAUGACCAGGUUGUAAGAUUAAAUGAACACGAAGAUAGGAGCAUUAUAACUAUCCUCCACCAAGCAAAUGUUAAUGGCCUUACAGUGAAGACAAUGUCAGGCAAGAGUGUCCCAGUGGUGCACAAGGGGGACUCAUUACU